CUUAUUUUGAUAAUUUAAUAUAUUUUUGUAACCAGGUAGUUUAGUUUAAUUACUAGUUUAACUUUUGAAUAAUACAAAUUCAAAAAUAUGUCUGAUUUCAAAAAGAUGGUGCGACUAAGACAAAACUAUGUGCCAGCGGGUUUCUCGCACCUAACGGAAGACACAGUGUGUCGUAUCGAUGAAAACCAUCAGGUCAUUGGCGUCCUAUAUUUGGAGAAACAUUUAUUGACCGUGUGCACGAUGAACGAGAGUACGGGCCAGAUGCUGGCCGCCAGGCUGCCCGAUUUCACUGAGCUGGUCCGCCAAGCUAUCGCCGAAAUAGAUGUAUUAGACGAGCUGGUAGCGUAUCGUAUCGCGACUCGGAACGUGGAGCUACUAGUAGCGCCCGCGUGCCACUGCACGGCCGCCGUGCUGCAUAAGAGAAAACCGAAACGAUCAUAGUCACAUCUAUAUUAAGAGGAGGAGGAGUAGCGGUGAGCGGGUCGCCGGGUCUCUUCGGUGGCUUCGGAGAUUCAGUGAGCAGCACACUCACAAAACUGCCGCAGUCAGUCAACCAACGUGUUAAUACUGUUCAAGAAACCAUCCCGUUUUCCGAUGGCCGUUUCGAUAAGGUUUUUGGAUCAUCGGACGAAAUGGUCAAGAGUUUCCGUAAGCAGCAAACCAAGUCCUUCGCAUCACUCUCCGACAUCCUUCCGGCCGGUCUAAAACUUCCAGACCUAAAGCUGCCCACGUCCCUCCCUAUCCCCGGCAUCCCCGGGCUCGGUCUGCCUUCGGGUAGUCCUGGAAGCUCUGGGGGAUCUGGGCCGGCUCCGCCUCGACCGAAGUUUGAGCGGUCGCUGCAUUUACACGAGGAUCUUAUUGUGCCGUUGUCUGGAUUCACUCAGAGCUUUGAGAUAGAGUGGCACGCUGAAUCUGACACGAUGCGUAAGGUCCUGGAGGGUGGCAACACCGUAUACCGGUCACCGAAGCCCGACGGCAAAGUGGAGUUCCUUGAGAUUCGAGAGGACCAAGAAGGAAAGAGUAAGGCCCACCGCUGCACACGUACAGUCGUCUCGUUGGCUGCGCCUGCUCAUAAGUCCUUCCCUGGUCUGCCUGACUUAAGCGACUAUGAUUUCGUCGGAACCGCAACAUCGGAGCUAUGGAGGAAAGUAAUAAAGGGCAAACCAGGUGAAAAUGGCGCAGUCAAAGGAGAAACCCUUACGGUCACCCAUGAGAUGCUGGUCGCGCGAGAGAAGGAAGGGCCAGUGCCGGUCAGAUACUCCGUGACAACAGACAGCUCCAUCCUCGGGCCGGCCAGCGACGUCUACAUCCACACUUACAAGAUCCUGCCUCCCCCCACCGCCGCCAUCAAACCCGACACGACUAAAUGCAAGACCAUUGAAGACGCGACUCCUCGACAGAAGAGAGCGGAUUUUUUCUCCAAAAUUACUGAUACCGUGUCGAAGUUUAACCCAGUUCAGGAUUUGUCGCUGCCUUUUGGAGGAGAUAUUGGCCCUAAAUUUGACAGCUUCAAAGACCAAUUCAAACGGAACUACCUCGAUCCAGCCGAAGAGGCAGUCCGCAAGAACCUCCUGACCCAAUCCACCCGCUUCAUCGAGGCCGGCAACCGGGCCACAUCCAGCUUCAAGAUGGGCGUGAACUUCCUUGCUGACCGUUUAGAAGAGGAGAUAAGCCAGCUCUUCGGAGUGAGGGAGCCUGAAGGCUUGGUCGAGGUGGGAAUGGUGCCGUUCCCGUAUUCGGAGACGGAAGUGAAAACUGCGUCUGACAAGCUGCCUGAGGAGUUUGAUUGGAGGAAGUAUGGUGCUGUGUCGCCUGUGCGCUACCAGGGAACAACAUGUGCUUCAUGCUGGGCCUUCGCCGUGGCGGCCUCCACGGAGGGUGCGCUCUUCAAGAAGACGAAUAAGCUGGUACCACUCAGCCCCCAGUGCCUCGUCGAUUGCGGCAAAGCGUUCGGAGCGCAGGGCUGCGGGCCCACUUGGCCGAGCUUCGCGUACGACUACAUCAAGAGCCGCGGCCUGGCCGCCUGGGACGAGUAUGACUACGAAGCCAAGGUGCUGGAGUGCAAGGACACCAAAGUAUCUCCCGUGACGCACAUCAGCGGACACGUCAACGUUACGGCCAAGAAUGAGGACGCUCUCAAGUUGGCGAUCAAGAACCAUGCCCCCACCGUGGUGCUAGUGGAUGCAAUGGCAAAGAGUUUCAUCUAUUACGAAAGCGGAGUCCUCAAUGACAAGAAAUGUGGUCAAAGUAAGCCCCGCCUCAACCACGCAGUCCUGGCCGUCGGAUGGGGCUCCAAGGACGACUCAAAAGACGCCCCUCAUUUCAUUCUGAAGAACAGCUGGUCGGACAAAUGGGGGGAUGAGGGCUACAUCAAGAUAGCCCCAGAAUCGUGUGCCGUAUUGGAGCGUCCGACGUACUCUUUGGUGCAGCAGCCUAAUGUGGAUAGGGAGGCGCUGCGCUCUUCAUAUAAAGAAGACUAGGCAUUAAGAUUAUACUUUUUUUUUUAUAUACGUGAACGAUAAAUAAAUAAUAAAAGUGUA